AUGUACCUCUCGUGGGCCUUUGCUGGUAUGCCGCUUGGCGUCUACAACGUGGUCCAGAACCUCAAUGUUGCACUCCAGGUCCAGCCUCAUAUCCUCAUCUUCCUGAGUCUCGUUGCUUGGUCCCAAUGCAAGUACUACCAAGACAAGUGGGCACUCGUCAAGAUUCUGCUCGCUUGCCCGGCUACUCCAUCAAUCAUCGGCGGUGUCGAGGCUGGCUUGUACUUUGCUCUACGGCAUGCAUGGGAGAGGUACAUUGAGUGGCUCAUGACACUCAUGGUCGUUCUUGCAGCAGUCCUACUGGGGUGUGGAGUUUUGAGGUACUACUGGGAGAUUUACCAAUCGAGAUCUGUCAAGGGCAUCUUCUUUUUGCUCGUGUUUAUUGACGCUGGAGGUGACGUGGUAUCGAUCCUGGCACUGGCCUUUGCACCGAGGAUUGAUAUACUGGGUAUAGUCAUAUACUCAGUCGAGGCAGUACUGUGGGCUGGCAUUGGAAUUUUGGGUAUUCAUUUUCGAUUCCGCGGUUGGCUGCUUGACAAGACGGGUCGGAAAUCAGACGGCUUGGAUGGUACGCCCUCGGAGAGCAACAUGGAAGUUGGAGGGUCAAGUCGCGUGGAGCCAUGA